GCUGCUGCCAUAUACAAAGGGCGGGCAGCGCCGUAUCAAACUACAAUUGCAAUUCAAAUUCACUCCAGGAAAUGGGGCAAGGAGCAGCAACCAGCGGGCAGGGACUCACAGCACUGCAGGUGGCGGCCGCGUUGAAGGCAGCGGCGGAGGCCAAGGUGAAGCGUUCGGCAGACGCGUCCACGGCCAUACGUCGCACCGCCAGCGGCAUCGAGGCGUACGCAAAAAACAUCCAACCGGAGGACUGCCACCAAACGUUAGAACUGACGGUGUCGGCGCCAGGCGAGGCCGGGUCCACCGCCAGCGUCCACGUCACGGAGUACGCACCCGCCGUCUUCUCCUUCCUGCGCAGGGUGGAGGGGGUGAGUGAGGAGCGCUUUGCACAGGAGUGGUCGCUGCCGGAGGACCGCCUCAAGAUGGAGCUCGGCGAGGGCCGCUCGCAGGCGCUCUUCCUCAAGUCGAAAGCGAUGGCGUUUAUGUGCAAGACGAUCGCAGAGGAGGAGGUUCAUGUGCUGCUGCAGGUGCUGUGGGAGUACACCCAGCACAUCGCUGCCAACCCGAGCAGCCUUCUCAUGCGCUUUUACCUCUUAAUGAAGGUCAGCGUGCAGGAGGAGGUCGGCUACAUCCUCUGCUUCAACGACGUCUUUGGCGCCGCCUCGGUGCUGCACGAGAAGUGGGACAUCAAGGGCCGAAUACCGAAGCCGGGCAAGUACCUGUACUACCCUCACCUCAUACGCCGCGCCUACGAGCCGGACCCGUAUUUGAUAGAGACUCCACACAACAUGGACGUCGUCGUGACCACAAACGGAGGGAAGGACACCGCGGGAGAGAAGGUGAUGAACGACACGGUAGUCGUGAAGGGCGCCGAGGACACCAUGAAGCUCUCUACGCUGCACGACAAGGACUUAACGCGCCUCUUUUGGCUCCCGCAGGAAACGCGUAGGCGUCUGCUGAAGCAGCUUUUCAGCGACUACGACUUUCUCAUGAAGGCGGGUCUGAUGGAUUAUUCGCUCCUCAUUGGUGUGGCGUACAAUGAAACCAAGACGUCGCGCUCGGGCAAGCGGUACGUGAUUGAAAAUAUGAAGAUGGCGAGUCUGCCGGGCGAGCGGAAUAAGUCGCCGCAGGCGGAGCGCCGGCCGUCGUCGCCAGAAGGCAAGACGGCGAAGGGCGACCUUGCUGAUGCAUCCACGUCCGAGACGGGCAGCUUUUCCGAGUACGUCAACGGCGUGCACAGCCUCAACGAUCAGGAGACUUACUACAUUGGCAUUAUUGACAUGCUGACCACCUACAGCGCCAAGAAGAAGGCGGCAAACUUCUUUAAAUCUUUCUUGUGGGAGCAGGACACCCUCUCCACCAUCCCACCGAACAAAUAUGGGAAACGCGUCAUGUCGUUUAGUAAGCUAAUCUUCCCUGAAGUGGACGAUGAAGCAAGUGCCAAUUAG